UGGAACCAGAUAAAGGUCCGUUAUCAGUGGAACGUUUGCAUUUAGCCAUUUACGAAAUUAGUACAAAAUCUCCGGACUUCUCCGAAGACUUAUUUUAUUAAGCUCUUAUUGCAACGAUGUCAGAAGGGACUCAGACCUGUCAGACCAAGAAGCUGAUGAUACAGCGCCCCAAAGAUCCCGUCGGGCCCCAGAUAAAUGACGUGGGAUUCGCAGAUCAUGUUUACAUCCAAGCAGCCGCAAUCUUCCAAAACAGUCACGUGGAAAAACCUGAAGACCAGAAGCUGGUUGACUAUGGAAAGAAAGGAAACAUUUGGAUGCCUGAGGAAAGAGAUGAGGAGUCAUGUCUCUUAGCCUAUGAGCUGGCAUUCAACAGCCUCAAAUACCAAGACCUUCUUGAAUCUAUAAUUGCCUGCUGCAUGGUCAUCUCUUAUUCUGUGCCAGAAGACCUGAUGAGCCUGGUGGUAGUGAUGCUGUUUGACUUCCAGGAUCGAAAGUUUGUGAAGCGAAGGCGGCUUCAGCGUGAGAAGCUGCCGGAUGUCUUCACCGUGGAGGACUGUCUCUUCAGAUUUAAGACAAAGCUGGCAGCUUCCCUGGCUCGCAUACGGAUCAAAUUUAACCUGCUGAACAUCGAAUAUGUUCUGCCUGAAAUUGUAAAGCAGAGGCAGAAGAGGGCCAAGUCUCUGCUGUUAUACGCCUGGGUCAACACCCAGAAAACCAGUCUUGAAGAUGUGAAGGGUUCACUGACUAGUGAGGGAUUUUCAGAGGCAAGUUCAGACAAGCCCUGCAGCCUGCCGGUGAAUGCCGCGCGCACCGUGUUGAGUCAGGAUACGUGCGUGCUCAUGACCGGCUGCUUCUCGGCUCUCACGGUCGCCCACAUGGCCGCCGUGGCUUCCACGUGCUCCGCAAACGUCCUCGUCUGCGAGAGCAGAGAGGCCAGGAGAAAGGAGCUGAGGAACGUCCUCUUAAAGAUGGCGUGUACAAAUGUAGAAGUAAUCCCAAGAAAUUUUCUGGAUCUGGACCCAAUGGAAGAUGAGCUGGUGCGGGUCAGUGUCAUCCUGAUGAUGCCCCAGUGCUCCCUGUCAGCUGUUAGCAACCCUGUGGAAUUUAUCGCCACAGAGAAGAGAGAUAUGGACCUGCUACAGGACCUAUCCCGUGGCUCAAUCAGCCAAGGCAGGCUGAACAACCUAGUGGCCUGUCAGAAACAGGAAAUCAAACAUGCACUGAAAGUUCCCAAGUCAACAGCUUUGGUGUACAGCACCUGGUCUUCCUACAGUGAGGAGAAUGAGAAAGUCGUGCAGAUGGCGGUGGGCUCCAAAUCCCAGAUUUACAGACUGAGCGCUACAGGCCUGGCACUAGGCAGUCAAGACAAUCUGGAGGACACCAAAGACAUAUUUGUGCUGGAAGCGUCUGCAGAGAGCAAUGGUGGUUUUGUGUCAGUGAUGACCAGGGUGGGAGCCUCAGUCACCACCCCAGGAAUACCCCAGACUCCUACCACUGCACCCAGCAUUAACAAAGCCCAGAGCCAGAAGCCAGCAGGGAAAAGGAAAAAAAGGAGAUAG